AUGUCUUGUGAACACGAACACACACACAGCCACGGCCACGGCCAUGGUCAUGAUGACAGCGACCACUCGCAUGUUGCCCCCAUUCCAACUUCCGCUGCUCAAUCGCUUUUGGGCAAAAUAGACCUUCCUCACAUCACUGCCCUAAAUGCUGCCAAUCCACCAGACGAGAUUAGCCAGAUCUUCCGUAAACCAGAAUCCAAGUAUGUCAUCAAGCCGAUCGUCAAGUCGGACUGUGACUCGCAAUUGAUCCUCAACAUCCCGUUCCUCAAUGCUUCCAUCAAGCUAUUCUCAAUCAUCCUAAGAACCAAUGGGGAGGACCACUGCCCCAAAACCAUCAAGUUGUUCAAGAAUGACAACCUGGUGGACUUUGACAACGUCGAGAGCAAAAAAGCCACUUUUGAGCUUCAUCAUCCCCACGUUGGCGCCCGGUACGAAGACGACGAUGUUCCAGAGUCAUUAGAGGAGGAGGACAGCUUUGUCGAACACUUUCUCCCCAGACACGUAUUCACCGGGGUCCAACAGUUGACGGUCUUCGUCAAAGACGUGUACGACGAAGAGGGCGAAGGGGACGAAGAUGGAGAGUCCCACCUUUUGUAUAUAGAGUUGAGGGGAGAAUUCACAGAAUUGUCCAGGGACCCGGUAGUGACCAUUUACGAGAGUGCUGCCAAUCCUGCCGACCACAAGAAUUUGAUGAUGGAGGAGUCAAUGAACUACCAGAUGAACUAG